UGGUGUCUCGCAGUUUUUUGAGUCAGCCGGGCGCUCGACCGUGCAACUUUUUUUUUAAUAAUAAAAAAAUGAAAUAAAUAUCAGUGUCAACCUCGAGUGUUACGUGGUUUUGUGAACUAAAAGGUGCUACCAGUGUAAUAAGUGAAUUGAAAAAAAAAUUAUAUAUCAAAGGGUCUUUAAAUUGUUAAGUAGCAUUUGCAGCCGUGUCAGCUGACCAAAAAAUCCACCCGAAACCCACGCUCCAAGAAUUGUUGCCAAAACUUGUCCGCAUUUUAUUUAAUCCAAUUGUUUGUUGCCGGCGUGAUAUUAAGUUGUACCACCCAGAUUGAACGGAACUUAUGCAAAAAUUAUUUUCAUUCGCUGCCGCACGAUGCCAAAAGUGUGAUCAUUUUUGAUUUGAAAAAAAAUGCAUAGUCGAGUCCCAGAUACCAUGAACUAAACUAUUUAAAAACCGCAUUUUGAAUAAGCCGCGUGUUGAAGUAUGGCGGACAAGGCGAGCACUAAAAGAAAAACAUUCGAACGACGUAGUGCCUCCACAGAAAGUACCGAGUUUUCCGUAAGCAUGGGUCGGUCAGUGCGAAGAAAAAAACCAAAAGAACGAUGGCUCCUAACCAGGAAAACUUGGAAAUAUAUGGCGGACGCUGGGAGAAAACUUAUACCCGAUGGCGCAAGAAACUGUCCAGAAGACAUCCCUAAAAUCGAAGCCCAUUUCCAAGAACUCUGCAAGAAAGAACCCAAGUUUUUACUAUGGAGAAAAAACUCUUAUCCAGGGGCUUUGGGUUUUAGAAAAAAGAAGAAACGCGGGACAUCCAGAAAAGGUGGCAGCUGCAGAAAAGCAAUGUCCGAAGGUGAGGUCGACAUAAUAAAACCAGAAAGACCCACUGAUCUCAUCUUGGAACCAAAAGUGCAUGGCAAGUUUGAUCUGAAGAAAAUGCGCGAGGAGUUCCUAAAUAGCCCAACAGGAACACCAAGUAAUGAAUCAGAAGAAAGCCAACUGGUAAACAUGCUGGAAAAGUACCUUAGCUUAGCCAACGCUACAGAUGCCUCCAAAGCGACCUCCAAAGACUUCAACUAUCAAGAGCUCGUAAAUAAACUUCAAACUCACUUAAGCGCCACUCAAAGGUCUCACCACACAAGCGAUUACUAUCAACCAACCAACUUAUCACCAUACUCCAGCACCUCAUCACUACACCACCACCACGUGAGCUUUCAAGGCGACUACGUGCAAAGAACCUUAUCAGACACCCUCUCAAGGUACUUCGGACAAAGCACCAACAGAGAUAAAAUUAUAUCAGACCUCUUAACAGACAGAAAAGCCCUGGAGAUGCUUUACUUUGACUUACGCAAAGCCAAAGGGUUUAGAGGAGCUCGAGGGGCAGGUUAUAGUGACUACCACUCACCAUCAAGAAGUUUCAGAACUGGUUCAUGUAAUAAGAAUCAGUCAUCAAGUGAUUAUUACAGACAUCCACCCCCUUUGAUCGAAGUUGAAAGUGAAACUAUCGACGUUACUUACAGAGACUGGGCUACGCAAACUUUACCAGUGCAAGAAGCUGUGCUGGCUCAAUGUGAAAGUGAAUUUAAAAAAAAACUGGCGGAAGAAGAAGAAGAGAAGAGGGAGCUUGAGAGAGAACAACGUACCUCCCGAAGACGUUCCAGUGUGGAUCACGAUGAUGUGUCUCAAAGUGUUUCUGAUACUAUUAAAAGGUACUUAAGGAUGGCAAGGAAGAAAAGUGUUGAUUCAGAGAAGGCUGUGGGAUUUAAAAGGGUGAAUUACGAUAGAAACUUGCGUAACAUUAAGGCAAAAGGUGAAAUUACUAAACCGGGUGAUGACGAUGGUUUAAAUAAGGGUUGCCAGACAAACGACGAUUGGAUUAUGACUUACAGAAGUUUAAAAAUGGCUGAAGUGUAUGACGUAUCUGAUGAUAGUAGACUAUCUAGUGCAAGAAGUAGUAUUGACAUCGGUGUAUUCGAUGGCGUUAAGAGUAGUCCGAGUAGUCCACCGAGUGUUAAGUUUGGCAGCCAUGGAUUUUUAAGCCAUUUACUACAUGGAGGAAAGCACGACAAUAAAGCUGUAACGGCCACAGCAAUGCAAAAAAGCAAAUCGUCAUCAAGUGUGGUGCAGCAGGGCAGCCUGGUUGCCAAGAAGAUUUUUAGGUCAAGAUCGAAAAGUCAAACCAGACCCGCCCAAACGCCUUGUAGCUGGAUAAAUAGGGGCAGUUGUAUCUGGAACAGCGUAACCGGACGCCAAGUGAUACUUCAAGAUACGAAUUUGUUGCAUUUAACAGAGGUCGAAAGAAAAGUUUUACAAAAGGUCGCCAUUGCAAAACUUCAGGCUUUAAAUCUCGGUGUGUCUGUUAAAGUUCCUACAGAAAUUAUUGGUUCCGUUCCUACAAAGAAACGCAGGCCGUACCUUCUAAAGCGAAAAGCGCUUACCACCGGAAUCUUCGAUGGUAAUAGGAAAGACGUCGAUAAAGAUGGUAAUUCCACCGGUGGACUUGUAUUUGGCAUUCCUUUAACUCAGUGUGUGGAAAACGACAGGCUACGAGGCAUCGGAAGAGCAGGAGAAGUAGUAAGUUCUCCGGAAGAGAAAUGCAAUAUAGCACGACAUGGUUCUAGAACCAGUUUUAGUUCACUUAUCGAUUCACCCAGAGGAGAAGAGAUUGGUUCUUGUGAAAGCCUAAUGGGUCGUGAACGUAUAGCAGGUUCUGUACCGGGUCUCUUGGAUGCUUUAUCAUGCUCCUCAGCAGCUGACAUACCAGGCAGCGUUGCUGAUGGGGAGGAGGCUGGAGCUGUACCCAACAUCUUAUCAGAAUGCAUAAGGCAUUUACAGCAAAACGGUUUACACACUUUUGGAAUUUUUAGAGUUAGUGCAUCCAAGAAACGAUUACGACAGUUGAGAGAAGAUUUUGACUGUGGCAAGGAGACAACAAUAGACGAGACCCAAUGUCCACAUGAUGUAGCUAGUUUACUUAAGGAAUAUUUAAGAGACUUACCAGAUCCCCUGUUAUGCAGAGAGUUAUACCAUGCAUUCAUCCAAACCCAAAGGAUACGUAAUAGAAGACUGCAACUCGAAGCAAUUCAGCACUUAGUUCAGCUACUGCCCGCAGCAAACCGUGAUACUUUAUACUCGUUGUUAUGUUUUUUGGCUCAUGUUGCUAAAAACGCUAAUGAUACCAAAAGUGCUUUAGGAGAAGAACUAAGUGGUAACAAGAUGGACUCCAAUAACUUAGCCACCGUCUUUGCCCCAAACAUACUUCAUUGCAUCAAACCCGGCUCUAAAGACGUCCAAGAUCGAUCUGAAGACAGAUUGGACAUCAUUAACGUUGUAAGAAUAAUGAUUGAUCAUUACAAGCAAAUAUUCACAGUAUCUGCUGAGCUGUUAGAUGAGGUUUACUCCAAUAUGGUCGAUUCCCAUCCAGAAGCUUUAGAACAGUUAUUAAAUAAGAAAGAUGCUAUAGCUGGUGCUGACGAGUCAGUGGACGAGCUGGACUCGGAAUCGAACUCAGCCCCAUGGACUCCAACCCAUCCUACAUCUGAGGUGUCCACUGAGUAUGCAUUUGAUGUUAAAAUUCCCCAAGGUGAACCGAAAAGAACCUAUUCUAGAGAGGAGUUUUUACAUGAAACUGCUGCCACAGGAGGUCCUAAUAUUGGCAUGAGAGUGAGGCACAAAGAUAAAAUUCGGGAACGCAGCUUGCGUCGCAAGCGGGAAAAAACUGAAGAUACCUUGAUAUCCAGAAUCCGUUCCCAAAAGGAAGAAGAUUAUCUAAAAACAAGAUCUUCCUCAUUAGAAAGUAACAGUUCACACACCGAAGAUAUGCACAGGAUAUUGAGAAUGUCAGAUUGUGAGUCACCACAGCGGCGUAAGUCCAGUCCUUACGUUCUGGAUAACAGUGGAGUACUGACUGCUAGUUUGACUAUACCAGUACAAGCUGGAAUCUCUUAUAAUAUUGAUGAUGACAUUCCCUAUAUUGAAGAAGUAGAAAACGGUAGACACCAUAUGACCAUAGGUGUGGUGAAGGCACCAAUAGUACCACCCAGACGAAGAAAUACCUCAGUAGGAAGCGACUCUUCAGUUGCUUCUAAUAUUCAAGCUAUUACAGGGUCACUUUCAUUAGGACAUGGCUAUGACUCCGCAGUAGGCUCUUCAGCACCGACUACCUACUCCUCCCCCCUUCAAAAUACUCCAACGUCCAUAUCGUCCAGCACAGCAGAUCAUGGACACUUCUCUUCACCUCCCAGUUGGACCAGUAGUCCACCAACGUCUCCAGACAGCGCUCAUACCUCAGUAAACUACAUCCCUGAGGAGGUAAAUAUACUGAAACCCGCUCCCAAAGAUCGAAGCAUGCUAAAAGAUGGCCCCACCAUCCAAAAGGUGUCUUUUGCCCAAGGACCUUCUCCGCAGACCAUCCAAAAAGUACGAGACCUAAAAGCAAUGUACGGAUCUGGCUCGGAAAUAAGCAAAAGUGCAAGUGCGAUGUCGUUUUCUGAAAAAGAGAGAUAUACGCCGAGCAUUACCAGUAUUGGUAAUGCUGUUUUGAAGUCUAAAACAGCUGAUUUUGAAAGGAUUAUCAAAGUCGAUACCAAACCAAAGAUGGUACAAGCAUCACUUCAGAAUCAGCCGUCACCUAUUAGCAUCCCGAAUGUUUCGUCUAUUAGCAUAGAAAAAGAGAAGAAGAAAUAUACUAAAAGGAGAUAUACGGAUUCGAGACAUCCUACUAGACAUAUACCGGACUCGGAUAGUUUAGAGUCGACGGGGGUAAAAGUGGAGUCUACUGUGACAAGUGUGGGAGCCGUGGGGCCUGUAUAUAAGAGACGGGAAAUUAUUUCUAGUGUUCAUAAUAAAUAAGGAUUUUAAAUUGCCUGUGCAAGAAGUUUGUAUAUACUAGUCGUGCUACAAAAAUAAUUUAUUUUUAUAAUUUAAUAUGUGAGGUUAAUUAUUAUUAAAACAAUAAUUAUUAUGUAUGAUGUUGUAUGGAAACUUUAGUUGACGUUUUAAAUUAAUUCUAGUCAAUUGUUCAUGUCUUAUAUUAAGCAAAACUGAUUUUUUUUUUGUAAAAAUGUAUAGCGCUUUUGUUCGUUCAAACUAAAAGUUUAAAUAUUU